GUGAUUUUUGCAGGAACAGCUGUUGGAGGGUUUGCUGCCAACUCCCCUCUUUCGACAGGGAUUUGCUCAUCGACAGAGCGGUGAGGACGGAUCCGCUCAAAGACGUUUACUUCGCCAGCAGGGGCCGAGAGGAGAAGGAUUUUCCUCCGCUACAAUGCAGUGCUCCUCUCAUAAUCCGCUGAACAUCGAUGUGACUUCUGACUGCAGAGGAGCCAAAACUUUUUAGAGAGCAGUCGCUGGACACCAGAAAUUGACCAGUCCCUGUUAAUGAAAAACCAAAAGGUUUCUUCGCUUCCUUUUUUUCUCACUCAACUCGUUAUAUCAAAACUGCGUUGUAUUUGUUGAACGUCAAAGAGUGAGAAAAUCCCGAAACGAAUACAGAGAAUGCAUUUCUGAUAGCAAACAUUGCUGAUCAUCGGUUGACAAUUGGGGCCGACGGAAACUGGAAAACAUUUUUCUGUCUCCCCACCUUUUCCCCCCCUUCUCACCAGUCAUGUUUAAAAAACUUUCAGUCAAAACUCGCAUGUGACGUCAGAGCAAGUUGAAAGAUGACGUAUGCGGUUCUUCGUCCAAUCGGAGCGCGUCCUGAAAUUGCAUUAUCAUAAUCACUCUGGUUCGAAAUUGUUAAUAUCUGAUGGCGUCAUUUGGCGCAUGCGUGCCUCUUCUUGUGUCCGUAUGGGGGGGAUGGCAGUAGUUCGGACACCAUCGGCAGCGAUUUCAUAGCAAAAGAGCGCGAUGCCACGGCGCAAGCAGGAGCGUCCCAAGCAUUUGGAAAAUCCGGAAGAACUCGCCUCCUCGCUGCAGAACGGAUUCGGAUCCGGCUCUGGCAGCGAAACAGAAGGAGACGAACAUGUUUGUGGAAAAUGCCGAGCGGAAUUCCCCACUUUGUCAGAUUUCCUUCAACAUAAAAAGAGCUGCGUUAGUAAAAGGCCUGUACUGGUGGCACCGGUGGACUCUUCGAUGGACACUGACGACGACGAAGACAACGACAAUGAAAGUUCGGAAUGCGAUCCGGUUGCUUCUCUCCUGGAAGCUGCCGACAUGCCGACUCCUCUACUGCAUGAAUGGCUGCAAGAAAACAGACCUGGUCUUCAAUCUAUGAUGAUGCAUCCUCACGGAACCAAUACUAAUGUCACUCUCUCAGAACUGGAGAACACUUCUGUGGCUGUGGCGCAGUGCGGCUGGAAUGGGAACAAUCAAAUCGUGAAUCAGAUCGUAUCGAUGGUUCGACAAGGUCAGUUCCAGCAGAUUCAGCUGCUGAAACUGAUUGCCCGGAUGGUGGCAAAAGAUCCUACAAUGAAUCUGCCCCCAAUGAUUGGCACAGCAGCCUUGACUCCUCAGCACCAGACAGCUGCCAUUCAGGGUGGGGCGUCCGCCGCAGGUCCGGUCGCAGCGGCUUGUUCCACGGCAGCGUACCCGCAGGGUGGAAAAACAGAGGAGAGUCCACAGCCUUCAGAAGAUAGUUUGGCUUUACUCCAGAAACACACAGAAAGGUAUCUGCAGGAAUCUGCACCGAGGAAAUCUAUCUUCAAUGGAAUGGAUGACGAAAACAGAUCCAAAAGAGCCAAAGAAUUGGACCCAGCUUUCAGGCACAAAUGCCAGUUCUGUGGGAAACUUCUCGGCAGCGACAGUGCGCUGCAAAUUCACCUGAGAUCUCACACCGGCGAGAAGCCGUUUCAGUGCGAAGUGUGCGGGAGCGCCUUCACCACUCGGGGGAACCUCAAGGUCCACUCGCAGAGGCACAAAGAAAAUGAGGCAAAACAGUCAGACGGACACGCCACCUUCGAGCUGAACGGAAAAUCAGAAAACCCUCCUGUUCUGUAUCCUAGCACUCGUGACGAUAGAGAGCUCUCAAAGGGUGAACAAGCUCUUGACUUUUCAAGGACCCUUAAUGGUCAGAAGUCGCCUCAAGGCGAAAUCCACAGUCGCAGCAUUUCUCCCAACGACACAUCAAAUUUCAGUGAUAAUUCUCUAGAAGGUUCAUCGGACGAAAAUUUGCAAGAGGAUAACUAUUCUAAUUUGAAAAUAGACGUUGAACGGUACGAUGAUGAAGACAGAGACAAUUCCAACGGCAUAGAUGACGAGGAGUCAGAAAUGACAGCAUCCCACCAACCAUCCUUCGCUGCUUCUCCAAAUUUCACACCCUAUUUUCUACCAUAUGAGCAGUAUCCUUCAACUUCGCAAAUAGUUCCAGGCAACGGUGCAAUCGCCAGCAGUGCGAACAACAAUCCAGGGGCAAACAAUGAGAAUCCGGACAAUAUUCUUCAAGAUCCAAAUUAUUACCAAGAUCUCUUGCCAAGAAUUGGAUCGAAUGACAAUUCAUGGGAGAGUCUAAUAGAGGUAACGAAGACUUCUGAGACUUCUAAAUUGCAACAAUUAGUUGAUAAUAUAGAAAAUAAGCUCAUAGAACCUAAUCAGUGCAUCAUCUGCCACCGAGUGCUCAGUUGUAAAAGUGCACUGCAAAUGCAUUACCGUACUCAUACGGGAGAAAGACCUUAUAGAUGUAAGCUGUGCAGUAGAGCAUUCACAACAAAAGGAAAUUUGAAAACUCAUAUGGGUGUCCAUCGCACGAAGCCACCUACUCGCUUACUGCAUCAGUGUCCUGUAUGCCAUAGACAGUUUCCAAAUUCACUCGUCUUGCAGCAACAUGUGCGAACUCACACAACCGAUCACGUUCUACAGUUGCCUCCUAUUUAUAACCCUUGUGACGACAGACCUCCUCCGACCCUGCUACCGCCGUCUUAUCCAAAGCAGUUUCUCGCACAGUCGCUAGUUAAUGUAGAGCCCUUAGCUCUGACGAGUACAAAAGUGGAAGAAGAUAAGAAAAAAUCAUCCUUACCAACGGGCGAGUCAGUAAUUAAACCCACCGGCGUAGAGCCUAGUCUUUCACAAGUUGCCAAUGGUUCUCCAGUGGCUAGUCCAAAAAGUGUUUGCUCCCCACCCUCAAACACUGAAGAAAAUUCUGCGGGUAAAGAGUCAAAAUCUACUACCGUUCUGGAUUAUUCUCAGUCCGCAUCUAGUUCUCCUAUUAAAAGCGAUUUAAACAUUCAUGAAAGCAAUCUUAAAAUCGACGAGGCCAGUCUUACUUUGGAGAAGGACAGAGUGGGAGAAAAUAGCUUAGAAAUGGAAGAGAAAUCGGACCUAAAGUCUGCACCAAAUCUCAACAUCAAUUGUUCAAGCCCUAUUCAGUCUCCUAAACAAGAAGUCAAAAGUUUUUCUAGUCAGACCAAUUCUUUGAUGGUCACUCUUGCAAGCGACCGGCCUUUACCGAUGACUUUACCCAGCGAUCAACCCAUUUCAUUCAGUGUGCAUGGUUCGGACCGCCAUUACCCACCUAUAAGUUUGCCAAGCUCAGGCACUACUUAUACAGAAUCCUUAACGGCGCUAGAGAAUCAUGUGAAAGGAAUAAAUAGCAGUGUCACUCAUCCUUUACCGUUCACGCCUCAUUUUGGACUGAGUCUCAACAUGGCAAAUUACUUCCGGGACUACAAUUAUCCACAAAAACCGUCAUCUUCUCCUACAACUAAUAAAAAUGGAUCAGAUGCCGAUGAUAGAUCUACUCCAGGGGGUAUCGUUCCAAAUGGCAAAGGGGAAUCUCCAAGAUCUAACUCGAUUCCUAAUCAACUAACACAAAAAAUUGACGUGUCCAAUGGUGCGGGGGCAUUGGAUCUCACGCCUCGGAGUUCUCCGGCAUUCCAACGGCCAAAUGCGACUGAUAUGAAACUUAUACAACCAUACAGUGGACUUCCUUUUGCUCCUCCGCAUCAUCGGCUAAGUACCACGUGUAGGGUUUGUUUCAAAACUUUUGCGUGCAAUAGUGCUCUUGAGAUCCACUACCGCAGCCAUACCAAAGAACGUCCGUUCAGGUGUGAAGUAUGUGACAGGGGUUUUUCGACGAAGGGUAAUAUGAGGCAGCACAUGUUGACUCACAAAAUCCGUGAUUUUCCCCCACAAGCAUUUUCCACCAACAGCAAUAGUUGCUCAUCUCCGAGCGCAACUCAAAAGGUGGAUUCUUCCAGUGGGGAUAAAACACCAAAGAAGUCACCAGCAGAGGUACCGAAACGACCUAUAGAAGACACGGCGCUGCCUCCACCUCCUAAAAGAGCUCCUGGCCAACCGAAGCACAUGUGUCAAGUGUGUCAUAAGCCGUUCUCGAGUGGCAGUGCUCUACAAAUUCACAUGCGUACUCAUACAGGCGAUAAACCUUUCCAAUGCACUAUUUGCCACAGGGCAUUUACGACCAAAGGAAAUCUGAAAGUGCAUAUGGGUACCCACAUGUGGAAUAACAGCACUUCUCGUCGUGGUCGCCGCAUGUCAUUGGAGAUCAAUCAGUUUCCACCUCAGCCUGGGGUAAAACCUGGAGAAUUUGGACCUCCUGCUUAUUUUCCGUACUUAUCGCCAUUCAUGAAUGGAUUACCGCCUCCUCCAAAAAUGAACGAAAUAUCUGUCAUUCAGACUGCAGGAAUGGGUAACGGAACCAUAUGCAGCGCAUCUUCGAUCACCACCAGUGCGAUCUCCACAACUUCUCAACAGCCGCUUGCCCUACUGUCGUCGUCUAGCAAGCAGGGAGACCGAGAGGAGGGACACCAAAAUCAAAAUUCUCAUUCUCAGGGAAAAGACAUUCAUCUGCCGGCUUCCAGUCAAGAAGUAGCAGCUUCUUGGCCAUGGAAGAUUUCUUGUAAUGUUUGCAGCAAAAUAUGUUCUUCCUCAACUGAGUUGGAGCUGCAUCUCAGAAACAAUCACUCCAAAAAAGAAACGUCGGAGACUGAUAGGACCGACUGAUUGUUUCAAAGAAACAAUAUAUUUGUUGUCAAUUAAGUUCCUAUACACGCUAGUCUUCAAUGCAUGUAAAAGUUAAAAAGCGAACUAUGCAUACAGAAUUCUUUCUGAUAACUAACGAUGACUGAUAAAUCGGAAAAGUGUCAUUUUCUAAGUCGAAAUGUUUGAUCACUACAUCUUGAGAAAAUCAACAAGUCAUUCGUUUGUCUUAGCUGGAAUUUAAUGAAAAAAAUUAAGUUAUCUAUUGUAGCUAACCCUUCCCUCUCCAUUUUCUGUGUUGAAAUCAGCAUCAUCAGAAAAUUUGCAGGCUGAAAUCAAAUUCUAAAAUAAAAUGGGUCCGUGCCCACAUGUAAAAAGGACGCAAUAUCAUAUGUACCGACACCAAUUAUAGACAUGCAAACUGUUUCGAACAGUUGCUGUUUCCACAAGCUUGAUCCUUGAGUAACCAAAAAUGUCGAGAGACAUACGAUUCAUUUAUUUGUACUUUGAUUGUUGUUAGUGAUCACUGAAUAUUUUAGCGAAUCGUUUCUUCUUUUGCUUUACAUUUUUCAAUGAAGACAAGAACUGCACCCGCUAUCAUUUCUCUAUGGAAGUGCUAAUAGUGCUAAUUCAUAUAGAGCAUUUGUGUCAGGACACACGUUUUCUCAAUUGAUUUUCAUUUAUUCUGUGAUAAUUAAUAUUAUUCGUGUCUUGUAUUUGUAUGUAGUUUUGAACAAUGUGGGUGCUGAAAUGAAAGCAGGAGAGUUUUUUUUUUUUUUUUCGUUCACUUACCUCAUGCGGGCAUAUUGUAAAUAUUAUCUGGACAAUGUUAGGAAUGGAAACGGCAGAAAGACGUCAUUUUUAUGUUUAUAAAUAAAUUAUAUUGUCAUCCGUUAAAUGCUAUUAAAAUUUUAUAUAAUUUUCCUUUUGUGUUAUGAUGACUAUAUUGCAGAUCCCCUUCCAAAAUGUUAAAGUCAUCGAUAAAAUGGUGUAUCAUUUCCCAUCCUUUUUUCUCUAUUUCUUUUUAGACAGUGAAAAUUUCUUAAUGAGGGUUGCAUCUAAACAUGUUUCAUAUUUUAACCCAAUUCAAUUUUUAAAAACGGAUGUUUAGACUUUGAAUAGAAACCGCGAUUCUUGGGUGAUUUCAAUUCUGUUGUCCUUUUAUAAAGAAAAAAAAGUAUUUAUUUCUGUCUAUUGUCUGAUUUUUAUUACCAAUAUUUUUAUGUGUAUGUCAGUAUGUACUCUCUUUUACCUUUUUUGUAGUAUGCAUUUUAAAACAAGUCACUUUUGCCUAGUAGAAUGUUGACUAAAUGUAUUUCCAUAAUGAAAACAAGAAUCCCUUCACGCAUCAAUAGCUGCUACAGGGCUCAUUAAUAUUAAAUAUCCAUCCAAAUUGGAUGUCAUAUUUUUGAAUUGUAGCAUUAACUGUAGACAAAAAAAAACCGGUUUUGAGUUGGAGUAAUAAAUAUUUGAUGAUUUGUUAAAAAUUAAAUUUAAUAAUGUGAACAAAUGACUGAGUUAAACUCUUGAAAUGACAUUUGUGAAAUCUUUUCCUAGGUAAUAAAAAUAUGUUUUAAUAUAAUUUGGAAUAUCCCACUAUAUUCCAAUUGUCGUGCAAUAUCCUAUUACAUUGCACAAUAUCUGUGUGUUACCUGAGAUGUCUUAAUACUUUCUCAAAUCAUUUUAUUGGAGUAAAUUUCAAAUUCUUCUGCGCGUGCCAGUUUUAAAAGCUUUUGCAAAUUCCUCGCUUUCUGUAUAUCAGUCUUUAUUUUUCGAUUUUGUGAAAUAAAAUUUAUACCUAAAAUAUUUUUUCAAGAGGACAAAGAAAAAAAUCCAGUUUGAAAGAGAAUAAGACGAUACCUUUUUUUUCCAGAGAAAAAAUAGCUGUCAUAUUCUCUUUGAAGAUUUAAAGAAUUUUUUUAAAAUCUAAAAAAAUGAAAACUUUCAAAAGAUUUAAGUUUCUAAAUCUCUAUGCAAAUGUAUCAAAUAGAAUCUGACCUUGAAUAUAUUAAUACUGAAAGUUUUUUAGCCUUUUAUAUUUACUUUUAAAAAUGGUUCUUCUUUUUAUUUCAUCCAAUGAUCUUAUUUGAACAUUACUAAAAGAACAUUUUAAAUUUUUAUUCCAUUUUUUUUUAAAUAUGGAUUUGAAACAACAACAAAAAAUAUUGAAAAAGGAAAUGAUUCAUUAAAGCAUAGAGCAUUUAUCAGCUUGAAUAUUUUAUACAUUGAUUUUUCCUCUUCAUUAUUUCAAAAAACAAAUUAUAGCAACUGCAAAUUUUUAUAAAAAGAUGGACGCACACUAUCUUAGCGAAAUAAAAUGAAAAUUACCAUAUUUUAAGACCAGAACGACAUUCAAUCUCUCUGAAUGAAUUUAUUAAGUCCCCAUGUAUUGAUUUUGAAGAGACAACUCAUUUGCAUAGAAACUUGAUGUACCGUAGCCUUAACUCUGUGUCUGAGUAGUCGUGGCGCAGAGCAACUUUGGUGUUAAAAAAAAGGAUGCUGUUCAUAUCCUUGUUGUUGACUUUGUGCUGCCUCGUGUCUGAGCUGGAGUCAUAUCACACCUGUACAGAGGGCCCCGAGACGAGGCAAGACUGUAUAUGAUCGAAAAUUCCAAAUUUAAUAAAAUCUUUUGUCGAA